AAAGUGUGACACUUUUUACCUGUCACAGAGAUACACGAACAGACAAGAAAAUAACCCGCGUAGGCGUAGCACAAGGUACAUCCAUAAACGACGCUGCAUUCAACGACUUUUUUCCGUCUCUUUCACAUUUCGUAAACGACCACCCUUCAGACAAACGGUACCGCUCGGUGGUGCCGCCGUUACGUUGAUUCCUUCUUAAAACGACAUCGUAUCGAUCAAUCUCAUCGAAGAUCAUCUUUUCUAACAUUCACGAAACCCUAAUUCAGAUAAAGUUAUUUUCUCCUAAAUUAGCAGGUCAAUGGCAUCUUCUUCAGACUCAUGGAUGAAGGAAUAUAAUGAAGCAAUGAAACUCGCUGAUGAUAUCAGUGGCAUGAUUUCUGAACAUACAUCAUUUCCUACAUCUGGACCAGAAACCCAGCGUCACGCAUCUGCUAUAAGAAGGAAGAUCACAAUAUUGGGAACCAGACUAGAUAGCUUGCAAUCCCUUUUGUCAAAGCUCCCUGUAAAGUCUGAAAAGGAGAUGAAUCGUCGCAAGGACAACCUUGCAAAUUUGAGGUCAAAAGUUAACCAAAUGGCUUCAACAUUGAACAUGUCAAACUUUGCAAAUAGGGAUAGUUUGCUUGGGCCAGAAAUUAAACCAGAUGCAAUGAGCAGAACCGUUGGUUUGGAUAACAGUGGACUUGUUGGUCUACAACGGCAAGUCAUGAAAGAGCAAGAUGAGGGCCUUGAGAAAUUGGAGGAGACUGUAUUAAGUACGAAACAUAUUGCGUUGGCUGUAAAUGAAGAGCUGACUCUACACACUAGACUCAUUGAUGACUUGGAUGAACAUGUUGAUGUUACAGAUUCUCGGCUGAGGCGGGUGCAGAAGAACUUAGCAAUUUUAAACAAACGUACAAAGGGUGGUUGCUCAUGCUUGUGCAUGCUAUUAUCAGUGAUUGGUAUAGUGGUUUUGGUUGUUGUCAUAUGGCUUCUGGUCAAAUAUUUGUAGUUAUGAAAAUACCCAGCUCCUGAACUUUGUCCCUUUUGUUUAUGUUUUUAAAUAUGUGCCUUUAAACAUCAUAUAUAACCAGGUUUCUUUGAUUGUUCUUGGUGCUUUGCCAAUGACAUGGAAUUUAUUGUGGUCUUGAAAAGCUAUGAUUUGUAAUUGUCAGAUUAUUUUUAAGUGUUUAUAUCUUUGUGCUUUCUUUUGUUAAUAUAUGAAUUUUUUAGUGA